CAUAUAUGUCAAUUACGUCAUUAGUUCUCAACAACAACUUUACGCUACGGCUACGGAAGUUUGACAAGAAAGGGUUUUAAACGUCCUGAUUAACAAUAAAUAUGUCUUUGAACACAGCAAACACUAAAGAUGGAUCUCUAGUAUUACAAGGAGAUCGUGUGAUCCUGGUGCAAGAUGGAGUGGAAGCAUCUUUUGAAAUGAGUCCCAUGGUGGAUCACUUCAAAGGAACCAAGAAGGGCAAGGUUUACCUCACAUCACUUGUGAUGGCCUUUGUCCCUACAAAGUCUGGUCUGAUGAAAUCUCUUGCAGUCCCAUUCACCAACCUCAAGAACUUGGAAAUCAAGCAACCUCUGUUUGGAGCUAAUUAUCUCUCUGGCAACAUUCAGGCUCAACCUGGUGGUGGUUUUGAGGGUCAGGUCAAGUUUAAGAUGAUAUUCAAUAAUGGAGGUGCUAUUGAUAUGGCACAAGGUUUGAUGAGAGCAGUCAAACGAGCGCAAAAUGCCCCACGGCCAGCUUCCGCCCCCAAUGCAGCACCACAGAUGUACCCCGCCCCAUACCCAGGGGGUCACCCCCAGGCGCCCCCUCAGCCUGGCUACCAGAACGGGGGAGCAUAUUACCCCCCUCCUCAGGGUGGGAUGUACCAACAGCCCUACCCCCCUCCUGGAGCUGCAUACCCUCCAGGCCAACCUAUGCAGCCUCCGCCACCUUACUACGGAAAUGCUCCGCCUAAUGUUGGAACAGCGCCCCCUCAGCCUGCUUAUUGGGAUCCUAACUCGCAGAACGUUUACAUUCCACAAGCAGAACCGACGGCUCCUCCUCCGCCAUACACAGAGAAGUCAAAGACAGACUAAAGCCACCAUUUUCUAGAGGAAUCUGACCCCUCGGCCAUGAUUCUUCAACUCAUAUCAGCUGUGGAGGUAAUGGUGAUUAUUCAAUUUUAUUAAAUUAAA